ACCAACCCUCUCCAGUCCCAACCAGACUCUCCACACACAAUGCCUCACAAGCACAAGCGCCGUCAAAAUGACGCCAGCGCCUACAACCUCCCUCCGUCGGUGAUCGCCAAACCUCUCCCCGUCCACGACCCCCGAGCCGCCAAAGCCGGCAAAGGGAAAGGUCCCAACAACAACAACAACAACAAGAAAAACCCCGCUGCGAAACCCAAGCCGGACGCGAAAGAAGCCUCUACCACCACGAAGCCCAAGCCAACCUCCGGAACGACAAACCAAUGGGCCGACGACACCCCGCGGGCCUUCCGCCGGCUGAUGCAAUUCCAAAACCCCAAACCCACCCCUACCAACACCUCCGAAUCCUCCAACAACAACAACAACAAAAAGCGCAAGCGCAACGCCACUCAAGAUGACACCACCACUACCACCACCACCAACAGCCGCAAAAAGAAGACCCCUGCCACAGAACCCACCACCACCACCACCUCCACCUCCACCUCAACCCCCUCCGACCCCCCCAUCGCCGCCCCCCAAAUCCUUCCCGGCGAAAAACUGUCCGACUUCGCCGCGCGAGUCGACCGCGAAAUGCCCCUCUCGCACAUGAAACGCACCCAUAAGCCGGAGGACCCCUCCCUCCCCAAAAUCCGUGAAUCCCGGGUGACCAAACACGAGAAGCAUCUCAAACGGCUACAGGCGCAAUGGCGCAAAGACGACAAAGAGAUCCUUGAGCGGGAGGCCCUGGAGCGCGAAGAACGGGCAGAGGAGAUGGAUGAGCAGCUCGCGCUGUGGGAGACGUGGAAGGCGGAGGCGGGACAGGGGCGCGCGAAGAAGAAGGGCGGCGCGGGCGGCGGGAUGGUGCGCAAGGGAGGCAAUGUGAAGAAGAAGGACGCGGAUGCGGAUCCGUGGGCCAAGUUGAAGAAGAGGGAUCGGUUGGCGAAGAGGGCGGUCAAUCCGUUGGAUGUGGUGCAGGCGCCGCCGCAGUUGACUCGUCCCAGGGAGAUAUUCAAGGUGAGAGGCGGGGCGAGGGUUGAUGUCGCGAAUGUGCCUGCUGCUGGGGGCAGUUUGAGACGGAGAGAGGAGUUGGCGGCCGAGCGGAAGAAUAUUGUCGAGGAGUAUAGGAGGUUGAUGGCCGAGAAGAGGGGGAGGGUGGAGGCUUGAUUUGGCUUUGGCUUUGGUUUUGUGUUGUUUUGUUGCGUGCGUGCGUGCGUGCGUGCUUUUGGUGUGGUAUAUACGAGAUGAGGAAGAGGAUAGAUAGUAGGCGGGAAUACCCAGUGGAAGAAU